AUGGUUUCUCUGCUUACAAUGUCGAUGAGUGGUACUAACCCAUGGCCUCAAGCCCAAAUUGGUUUGGGUAUUCGGCCCAUUAAAAGACAGCUGAAGAUUAAAUGCACGGUGCAGAUCGACAUAUCGGAAUUACCCUUACAACGGCCACUAUUCACUCCCAGAACCACUGCCACUCCGCCGCAGCAUAAUUCUCUCAAGCUAAACAUCUUCCAGAAAGCGGCGGCGAUUGCAAUCAACGCAGCUGAGCGCUCGUUGAUCUCACGCGAGCAAGAUACUCCUCUUCCCAAAACCGCCGAUCCACGUGUUCAGAUCGCCGGAAACUAUUCUCCAGUACCGGAAUCUUCCGUUCGGCAAUCUCUCACCGUCGAAGGAAUAAUCCCCGACUGCAUUGAUGGGGUUUACGUCCGUAAUGGCGCAAAUCCGAUGUUCGAGCCAAUAGCGGGGCACCAUUUAUUCGACGGAGACGGAAUGGUUCACACCGUUAAAAUAACCAACGGUUCAGCUAGCUACGCGUGCCGGUUCACUAAAACCGAGAGAUUGCUGCAAGAGAAACGAUUGGGCCGACCGGUUUUUCCAAAAGCAAUUGGCGAGCUUCACGGCCACUCGGGAAUCGCACGUUUAAUGCUGUUUUACGCACGUGGGCUCUGUGGUCUCAUCAACAACCAAAACGGCGUCGGAGUAGCAAACGCCGGUCUAAUUUAUUUCAAUAACCGGCUUUUAGCCAUGUCGGAAGACGAUUUACCGUACCAACUGAGAAUUACGCCAACCGGCGAUCUCCAAACGGUUGGGCGUUACGAUUUCGACGGUCAGUUAAAAUCCGCGAUGAUCGCACACCCGAAACUCGACCCGGUUACGAAAGAGCUCCACGCGUUGAGCUACGAUGUCGUCAAGAAGCCUUACCUGAAGUACUUCAGAUUCUCGCCGGACGGUGUUAAAUCGCCGGAUUUAGAGAUUCCGCUGGAAACUCCGACGAUGAUUCACGAUUUCGCUAUAACGGAGAAUUUCGUGGUUAUUCCCGACCAGCAAGUCGUGUUUAAGCUCGGCGAGAUGAUUGCCGGAAACUCUCCGGUGGUUUUCGACGAGAACAAAGUUUCACGAUUGGGGAUAAUGCCCAAGGACGCGACGGAGGCUUCUGAGAUAAUCUGGGUAAAUUCGCCGGAGACAUUCUGUUUCCAUCUCUGGAACGCGUGGGAAUCGCCGGAGACGGAGGAAGUUGUGGUAAUCGGAUCUUGUAUGACGCCUGCGGAUUCUAUCUUCAACGAGAAAGACGAGAAUUUGAAAAGCGUCUUGACGGAGAUCAGGAUAAACCUCAGGACGCGUGAGUCCACGCGCCGCGCGUUGUUGGACCAAGAGAUGAAUUUAGAGAUCGGUAUGGUUAACCGGAACCGGUUAGGUAGAAAAACCCGGUUCGCGUUUCUGGCUAUCGCUGAUCCUUGGCCAAAAGUUUCCGGUUUCGCUAAGGUUGAUCUUUGCACCGGAGAAAUCAAGAAGUACAUUUACGGCGGAGAGAAGUACGGCGGGGAACCGUUUUUCUUGCCUAAUGGCUCCGGUGACGGCGGAGAAAAUGAAGAUGACGGUUACAUUUUCUGUCACGUUCAUGACGAAGAGAAAGAGACGUCGGAGCUUCAGAUUAUCAACGCCGUUGAUUUAAAGCUUGAAGCUACGAUUAAACUACCGUCAAGAGUGCCGUAUGGGUUUCAUGGCACAUUUGUGGACUCAAGUGAACUCGUGGAUCAAGUAUAA